AUGGACUUAAAAACUGACCCGUGUGAUAACUUCUAUCAGUUCUCCUGUGGUCAGUGGCUCAAGGAAAACGUCAUCCCAGAUGACCAGUCCAGAUUCAACAUGUUUCGAGUCUUGAAAGAUAAAGUGGACAUCAUUUUAAAAGAUUUGUUGGAGCAACCAGAUAAGCAAGACAUUCCAAGCAUUAAGAAAGCCAAGGAUUUGUAUGCAUCAUGCAUGAACAUGGACCAAAUCAACAAGCUGGGAGAUGGCCCAAUCAAGCAAUAUCUGGCCGACACUUACGGCGGCUGGCCGUUGACAAACAGCUCUUGGGACGAGGGUAGUUUUGAUUUGGCCACGACGAUUGCUAACCUUCAUCGAAACGAGCUCUACAUAAUAAUUACGUUGUACGUCUCCUCAGACAACAUGAACUCUUCCAGAUACAUCAUGCAGAUAGACCAGCCGUCGUCAUUCGGCCUGCCAGGACAGAAGUAUUACCUGGUGGAGAGAAACGACACAAUGCUAAAAGCUUAUGAAGAAUUUAUUUACGCUGUGGGUCACCUCAUGGGAUUCGCUAAUGCUAGCACUGCAGCUCAGGAUAUCAAGGAUAUUGUCGACUUUGAGAUUCAGCUGGCAAAUAUAUCAGUCCCUGAUGAACAACGAAGAGACAGCAAAAAAUUAUACAACCCCAUGACGCUGAGAGAAAUUAUUGGAAACUACAGUCAACAAUUCAAUUGGACAAGUUUUUUCAAUCAAAUUUUCUCAAGUCCCGAGAUCGGCCUUACAGAUGUGACUGGUGAUGAAAUUUUGAUCAACUUGUCUCCCUUGUACUAUGAGCGUUUAUCAAAGGUGCUAGAAGCCACACAAAAAAGGACGAUAGCUAACUUCCUGAUGUGGCGUCUGAUCAAGCAACACUUUGAAGCUAUGGGAGACAAAUAUCUGGCUGCAAAGGCUGUGUAUGAUAAGGUCGUUUAUGGCACCACUGCUAGAAAACCAAGGUACAAGAUUUGUGGUUCCUACACAACCUCAGUUCUCUCCCUUCCUGUUGGACAACUUUUUAUCAAAGACAACUUUGAUGUUCAAGCAAAGAAUAUUGCAUCUGAUAUGAUAACACGACUCCAAGCUUCCUUUAAUGAACUUCUGGCUUAUGUGGACUGGAUGGAUGAAGACACUAAAUUAGUAGCCAAGGAAAAGAAUGCUUUUUUAUCACCAAAGAUUGGUUAUCCUAAGGAGGUCCUCAAUAAUACUUACCUAGAAGAAGCAUAUAAAAAUCUAACAUAUGAUGUUAAACAUUUUUUCAACAAUAUCCUGAUUAACAAAAGAGAAGAUUUCUUUGAAAGUUUUCGACAGCUGAGGAAGGAGGUUGAUAAAGAAAAAUGGGCUAUAGCACCAUCAACGAUAAAUGCCUACUACAACUCAUUAAAAAACCAGAUCAUGUUUCCUGCAGGCAUCCUUCAACCACCAUUUUUUAGUAAGAAUUUUCCAAUGGUAGUUUUAGAUAUCAAUGAUCUAAUUUAUGAUAACAACUCUUAUGAGCUGUUGAAACAUUCACAUAGCCCUCGCUCAAGUUGA